AUGACAGGCAAAUCCAAAGUCAAUGCUGCUGCAGUGCUGGUCCAGCUGAAGUUCAUUCAGCGUGCUGACAACGAUGAGGAGUUCAAGCAGCACUGCCAGGAGCUACAUCAACUUGCUGGUCCAAAGCUGUAUCAGUACUUCAACAACAACUGGUUCUGCGACAAGUGGCGACCUGCCUGGGUCGACAAGGACAGGCCAGGAGAGCGAGAGGGCAUGUGGAACACCAACAACGUUGUUGAGUCCAUGUUCAAGAAGGUAACAUCCUUCUGUAACCAUCGAAGCUCCAGUUCGCCCAGCACAACCCUCCAGCUCCUCCGAUCGGUGCUGUGCCACUACGACACGCGGUAUCUUCAACAAGAAGCAGGGAUCCACACCGCCCAAGACUCCCUCUCCCACACCCGCCUCGCCAGGAGAAUCAACGAUGCCAAGACGAUCAUCGAAGAGGAACGUGAGAAGCUGAAGCUUGCAAGCACGGGCGACCUCUACGAAUACGGUGACUACGUGAUCAAGGUCGGAACCUGGGCCUGCAGCUGUAUGUACCACCUCAAAACGGGAAAAAUGUGCAAGCACGCAAUUGCAGCCCGCAUUGUGCAUGGCGCAGGACAACCUACGGCAGCGAACGACGAGGUGAUCGACACAGCAACAGGAACUGACAUGGACGGCGAAUAUGAUGACAACAAUCACGAGGACGCCGAGGACGCGGACGCCGAGCACGAGGACGCCGAGCACAAGGACGCCGAGCACAAGGACGCCGAGCACGAGGACGCCGAGCACGAGGACGCCGAGCACGAGGACGCCGAGCACGAGGACGCCAAGCACAAGGACGCCAAGCACAAGGACGCCGAGGACGCGGACGCCGAGCACGAGGACGCCGAGCACAAGGACUCCGAGCACAAGGACGCCGAGCACGAGGACGCCAAGCACGAGGACGCCGAGCACGAGGACGCCGAGCACGAGGACGCCGAGCACAAGGACGGCAAGCACAGCAGUGGCGAGCACGAGGAUGGCGAUCGCGGGCGCAGCGAGCACGAGGACAGCAACCGCAAUCGCGGGGGCAGCGAGCACGAGGACGGCGAUCACGGGCGCAGCGAGCACGAGGACGGCAAGCACAGCAGCGGCGAGCACAAGGACAGCGAGCACGAGGACGGCAAUCGCGGGCGCAUUAACGAUUCGCCCCUCCCUGCCUGUCUAUGA